UGCAAAUGGAAAAAUUUUCAUGGAAAUUAUUGUAUUAUUGAAAGCAAAACACUUGGAUGCAACAACAGAACGGCAGAUUGUGCGUUUUUAGGUCAAGCAGCGCCACCGCCACUGACACUCUGACACACAUACAGUGUGGCACCCGUAGGUGUUUGUGUCCAGCGGCCAGUGGCGGCGGCGGUGGUGCGUCUCACGCUGGAAUUUGUGCCUGUAUUGUGCCUGCAUCCGAGCUGAUCUCUGCAAGACAAUUUGCCAAUUUAGAGCUUAACGCAAUCAAAACUCGAGCGAUUUAUGCACUGUGAGAUAAUCUGUGGUCUUUACGGUUUGCGGAACUUGCGGAAAAUUUUCAAAUUUCACGCAUUUUCUGCCUCCCAAUAGACGUCCAAUCCUUUGCGGUGAGUUUAGAAAUUUUCAUGAUAGAUGUUUUUAUUUCGCACAGUCAACGGCGAGGCGAGUACCCCCAAUAUAUUUUGCAUCUCACCGAACAGGCCACCACCCCAAGCGUAUCGUCACGUCUUGUUGCGCCUCGCAGUGACACACUUAAGUUGCGUGCGAGGCUUUAAAAACCCAGAAUUCGGUCGCUACGCAUCCAGUGCCAUAGAAAUAAUUCCGCAGCAAAGUGCCCAGUGCUCGCAGUUGCCGCGGAAGGAAGCGCCACAAAGCCCCACCUACAGGAUUAGCAGUGGUCCCCCCUACAACAUUUGGACAGUCUCCUCUCACUCUCAUUAUAUCCCCAUAUCCAUGGCCAAUCAGAUGCACAAGAGUGGUGCCCUGGUCCUGGUCCUCAAUCUGUUGCUGCUGACGCAGUCGGAGACGGAGGCCAAGCUGCUGACACGCUGCCAGCUGGCCAAAGAGCUGUUGCGCCACGACUUUCCGAGGAGCUAUCUGUCCAAUUGGGUUUGCCUUGUGGAGUCGGAGAGCGGACGCAGCACGUCCAAGUCCAUGCAGCUGCCCAACCAGAGCGUCAGCUAUGGACUCUUUCAGAUCAACAGCAAAAACUGGUGUCGCAAAGGUCGUCGCGGUGGCAUCUGCAACAUCAAAUGCGAAGGUGAGUCGUCCGCCCACGCGCGCCUAGACGGUUGUAGUAUGAGAGAGAUUUGUAUUACAGAGUUCCUGAACGAUGAGAUCUCAGAUGAUUCACGCUGUGCCAUGCAGAUCUUCAAUCGCCACGGCUUCCAGGCCUGGCCCGGUUGGAUGAGCAAAUGUCGUGGGCGCACGUUGCCCGACGUCUCCCGCUGCUAGGACGGGCUGCCCCCAGACUUGCCCACAAUUUCCCCGAUCUGCUCUCUAGCCUUAAACGUACUCUACUAUUACUCUAGCGACUAAUUAAUAAACAGCUUAAGCCAUGA